AUGCUUGCCAAGGUCCAUGCGGUCGCUGAGAUACCACCCGAUUCAGGUGAUGAGGAGGAUGACGAUGAAGAUGUUGGAAAUGAAAGUGAUGGUGGACAAGAAAAGCAGCGGACGCGUAUUUACGACUUGGAACUAGGUGCCCCGCGUAUUGAAUUUUCAGGUGAAGCCAAACUGCCGGCUGUGCAUCUCAAGUUUCCGCUGAAGACAGGAAGCUACUGCCGUUCUGACAAUUUAAACAAGAAGUCACUUCCUGAAAACGGAUAUGUGUUCACCAUUCGGAAUAUUUCCCUGGGUACAGUAACGGGCAUGUAUGAAGAGGUCAAGAACAAAGACGACCUUGACAUAAAAGGUGACUGUGUCUUCAAGAAACGCCCUGAGAACAGCGGAGAGGAUGACUAUGAGGUUUCUUGGGUUGUGAUGGAUUUUAAGCUCAGUGACAAAAGUCUCCUGGUGCAGGUUGAGAAAAACUAUGGUGAUAAUCCUACUCCUAAGCGCGAGAGGGCUAUCAAUCGCAAAUUCCCCCGUGCCAAAGAGUUUGCCGAGGCUUUCUUCUUAGGAACUUCAGAUGGGGACUUCCAGAACAGGUUCAGAGUCAUUCGACAUGCUCUGGCAACAGUUAAAAACAAGGAUCUUCCGAGACAAAGUGGAGUUACUGUCGACCUGACCCCCAAAUCCUUCCGCCUGGCUACUUGUGCAAGCACUUCUAUUCUCAAGGGCUCUGUUUUAUCCUUAUUCAUCCAUGUUGUGGAUGGGAAAGAUAAUGGAGAGAAACGCGACUUGCAAACACGAUGGCGAGGCCAGUGGGUCAAUGCAUCACCGAAAAUUCCACCGAUCCCUGCACCGUACACGGCCUCUAUUCUCAUUCAUCCAACGCUAUUAUUCGAGAAAGCGAUUAAAAACAGUGUCCUGACAAAUGCAGGAGAGCAAGGGUGGCAAAUAAACCAGCUCACCGGCGUUGCGGGUGGCGGCAUCGCGUUUCAGGCUGUUUGGCCAAGGACCAUCGCUCAGGAAACUUUCUACAUCAAACUCCCGCGAGAAGACGCUGAAUGGCGCGAAGCGAUUGCUGGCGCUCCCUAUCUAGAGGUCGAGGGGUUGGGGAAAAGAUCUGACGGUAUGUCCUACUUGUUCCGCUUUCGAUAG